AUGCGUCUACUCAGGUUGGCUCCAGAACGCGAUCGUGGAAGUGAUGCGGCAUCCCGGAGCAGUGAAGGAGACACUUCAGGACGAAGCGGAGGAGAGAGGCCACCGCGAGAGAAAACUCCAAUCACGUAUGAACCAUCCAAUUUGAGUGUUCAGGAGACACCUGUGCUCGUGCACACCCCGCAGCCAGAAGUACCUGUAGUUGUAACAAGAAGAGGUAGUGUGAUGUACGAUAACGCAUCAGAGAUAGAGGAUGAAACGGAGGAAGAUGAGGAGGACGAUGAUGAAGAACCACAGCUUGAUGAAGUUGCAAAACAGAAUGGAAGCUCUUCUGUUGAACAUGCUAAGGUACGCCUUCAAAUGAUGGUAGAACAUGUAUCUGGGAUGGUAGUAAUUCAGCAGUAAAA